AUGGACCCGGAUACAGGGGCAAUUUUCGGAUUCAUUGCAAUUAAAAACCUACAAGUGGGACAGGUUGUGAAACUCAACAUAAGUCUGGCGUUUGAGGGACAAAUAGUGACUAAUAAUUUCGGAUCAAUAACGUUGAUCAAAUCCCGUGAGGCCACCUCCGGCGAUAUUGUUCGUGGCCUACCAGCAAAAUAUCGUAUCAAUUUCCCAUCACAAGCAGUGCUACCGACCGUUCGGUCGAUUCUGUUAAAUGAUCAGACGAUUUGUAGCAGCUACCGGCCCACUGAACACGACACCACGAUCGUAAGCUGGGAACACACAUGGUACAGUCAACUGCCAGCUCGAAUUAUGGCGCACAACAGCGGACUUCACACAUUCGAAACCAUCACCCGAAAUGUGUACAAAGCAAACAAUGAACAUUCGUCGGAUCCUCCGAUCGAUCAGUUCAAUCCGAUAGCUCUACGUUUUGGUCAACGACCUGCGCUUGUAACAGCAAAUCAACCUUAUUUAAGGCGAAGCACCGUAGCACCUCCAACUUCAUCUUCCGCUUAUGAAUGCGGUAAAACAUCCGACACCUUUUCGAAUCGAUUGUCGAUCAACGGCGACCUGGUGAACCGCGGACAGUUUCCCUGGAUUGUACCACUGUUCGAUCGGGCCGAUUCACACAAUCCCAGAUACAUUUGCGGUAGUACAAUCAUCACCCGACAGCACCUGCUGACGGCAGCCCAUUGCAUCUACGAAGCAGAGGAUCUGAUCCCCGCCAGUCGGCUGCUAGCCGUUCCCGGUAUGUACAAUAUCGACAACUUUUUCGACGAUAACGCCAUUCUUGCCGACAUCGAGGAAGUGAUUCCGCACGAGGAUUACAUCUACGAUGAUGAUUUGAACGAUGCCGAUUUGGCCGUGUUGAGGUUGAAACAAAUGGUCGAAUUCUCCGAUCACAUCAUUCCGAUUUGUCCCUGGCAGGGCGAUAACAAUCUGAGAAAGAUCGUUGGCGAAGAAGGUUACGUUGCCGGUUGGGGCGAAACGGAUGAGGGGACUUCACAUGUACCGACUUACAUUCGGACCACUAUCGUGGAUAAGCAGCAGUGCAGUGAGAAUUGGGCUCGGCGGUACCGGAGGAAUGCACGAAUCUUUUGCGGCGAUGGACAAGGUUCGGUGCCUUGCAAUGGAGACUCCGGUAGCGGGCUGGUGUUGAAGCGAGCUAAUCAAUACUAUUUGAGGGGUGUUGUGUCCAGGGGUAAGGUUGAUCCGGAUACGUUGAAGUGUGAUACCACAAAGUAUGUGCUAUAUACCGAUAUAGCGCCCUUUCGGUACUGGCUCAGGACGGUGACGAGUUAG